GUAUGGGCACUGUGAGGUUGGCUGGGAGUGCCUCUACUGCCAUCAUGCAGAGCAUCGCAACGUGCUUCGCCCGACCAAGCGUCUCCGGCUGAAGUUGCGCGGAUUGACCGUUCCGAGCAAGUUGCUCCUCUUGCGCAACUGCUUGGAGAUCAAAUCUGCCAAGAUGCCACGCUGGCUUCCUUCUAUUCAAGCACUACAAGCCAUCAUCGAAGAUGCCUGGGCCACUGCAGAUCAGCAGUCAGCCAUCGAUGUGCGCUUCAUGCAGGGACGCGCAUCCAACCUGCCAAUAAGCGCCUUGCUCGGCGACCACAUGAUCGGUGACUUCGAACCCCUGCUUUACAACUCCAUCCAGGAGGAGCUCACCAGGUUGAAGAUGACCAGUCCGGUUCCUGUUCGAGCCGCCUGA